UGAGCGUGCGCUUUCAGCAUGUCCGAGAUGUCUGCGCUGAGCAAAAAGCUGAUUCAAACCUUGGCUGAAACUCUGUCUAAACAAGUUAAACACUUUAAUAAAACUGAAGCGGAGUGCCUGAUCCGACUGUUUAACACACUGCUGGGAGAACAGACUGAGAGGAAAGCGGCUCAUGGACUGGACCGGGGAAAAUUCCGCAACAUCCUGCACAACACAUUCGGACUGACCGAUGACAUGAUUAUGGACCGAGUUUUUCGUGCCUUUGACAAGGACAACGAUAGCUACAUCAGUGUUAAAGAGUGGAUAGAAGGACUAGCGGUCUUCCUCCGAGGGACACUGGAUGAGAAAAUAAAAUUCUGUUUUGACAUUUAUGACCUGAACGGGGACGGCUACAUAUCUCGGGAGGAAAUGUUCCACAUGCUGAAGAACAGCCUGAUCAGACAGAUGACUGAGGAAGACCCCGAUGAAGGAAUUAAGGACCUCGUGGAAAUAAUACUAAAGAAAAUGGAUUAUGACCACGACAGCAGACUUUCAUAUUCAGACUUCGAAAAGGCUGUGAGGGAUGAAAAUCUUUUACUAGAGGCUUUUGGAUCUUGUCUUCCUGACACAAAGAGCAUACAGGCAUUUGAACAACAUGCAUUCCAGGAUACACUGAGGACCUGAAUCAGUCAAAUAACAAAUUCACAACAAGGUUUUAAAAGCAAAUGUACAACGUGUGUUUCUCUGUAGGAAUUGUUAGAAUGUGAUUAAAUUCUUCUCCGAG